AUGGCCCAACAAGACUUGAAACAUGUCCCAGAAUCCAUCAGAAUGGUGCUAAUUGGCCCUCCAGGUGCCGGUAAAGGUACUCAAGCUCCAAACUUGAAAGAGCGUUUCUGUGCGUGCCAUUUGGCCACCGGUGAUAUGUUGAGAUCGCAAGUGGCCCAGAAAACCGAGCUCGGCUUGGAAGCCAAGAAAAUCAUGGACCAAGGUGGUUUGGUGUCUGACGAAAUCAUGGUCAGCAUGAUCAAGCACGAGCUUUUGACCAACUCUGAGUGCAAGAACGGGUUCAUUUUGGACGGCUUCCCAAGAACCAUUCCUCAGGCCCAGAAGCUGGACCAGAUGUUGGUCGAGCAAGGCAGACCUCUGGAGAAGGCCGUGGAAUUGAAGAUCGACGACGAAUUGUUGGUCUCCAGAAUCACCGGCAGAUUGGUCCACCCAGCCUCCGGCAGAUCUUACCACAAGACCUUCAACCCUCCGAAGAAGGACAUGAAGGACGACGUCACCGGCGAAGACCUUGUCCAGAGAAGCGACGACAACGCUGACGCUUUGAAGAAGAGACUCGGUGCCUACCACCAACAAACCGAGCCUAUCGUUGACUUUUACAAGAAAACCGGUAUCUGGGCUGGUGUCGACGCCUCUCAGCCUCCCAAGACUGUGUGGUCCGACAUCUUGAAGUGUCUAGGCAAAUAA